UGAGGUGCUCUUACAGCACGUAGAUAACCCUACACCCCGCAAUGGCUACCGAAGUUGCGCUCGAGACCACUCUUGGCACCAUCACAGUCGAGCUGUACACCACCCACGCCCCAAAAACCUGCACCAAUUUCUCCACGCUCGCCCAGCGCAGCUACUUCGAUGGCCUCAUAUUCCACCGCAUCAUACCCAACUUCAUGAUCCAGGGCGGCGACCCGACGGGCACCGGCCGUGGCGGCGCAUCCAUCUACGGCGAGAAGUUCGAGGACGAGAUCUCGCCCGCGCUGAAGCACACCGGCGCGGGCAUCCUCAGCAUGGCGAACUCAGGCCCGAAUACGAAUGGGAGUCAGUUUUUCAUAACGCUAGCGCCGACGCCUUGGUUGGAUGGGAAACACACGAUAUUCGGUAGGGUAAAGCAUGGGCUGCAGGUUGUAAAGAAGCUGGGACUGCUCAAGACGGAUAAGGAGGAUAGGCCGGUUGAAGAGGUCAAGAUACUAAGGGCUUAUGUGGUUGAGAAGGCGGAUACGAUUUGAGGAGAUGAAGUGAAGAACACGCGCACAAGAGAAGACAUGGCAUGAUGCGAUGCGGAUGUGUUCCAGUGCUGCCCUGACUGGCGCAGGAAAACUGUCUGGCGAGGAGUAAAGGGGAUUAGAAAUUGGUCAGCGCUCAUAAGAUGCACAAGUCCAAUUCGCGACGGUCGAGUUCCCUAAAAUACCUGUCAGGGCUAGUCGCGCAGA